AGGCAAAAGAAAAAAUAGACUCUCUGCACUUUCUUCUUCCUCUCGUCUGCUCUCGAAGAUUCUGUCUCUCUCUCUCACUCUCGCUAGGCCCUCGGAAUUUUCUGAACGAUGCCGAGGUAUUACUGUGAUUAUUGCGACACUUAUCUCACUCACGAUUCCCCAUCGGUGAGGAAGCAGCACAACGCCGGUUACAAACACAAGGCGAAUGUGAGAAUAUACUAUCAGCAAUUCGAGGAGCAACAAACCCAAAGCCUGAUUGAUCAAAGAAUUAAAGAGCAUCUUGGUCAAGCUGCAGCAUUCCAACAGGUUGGUGCUGUGUUUAAUCAGCAUAUGCUCGCUAGGCCUCGCCUUCCUAUGAUGCCACCACCUGGAAGUAUGCCUAUGGGUAUGCGACCUCCUGUUCUGCCUAGACCGAUGAUGCCUGGUCAAGGUUACAUGCCACCUCCAGGAGUACCACAGAUGAUGGCACCGCCUGGUGCUCCUCUACCUCCACCUCCACAAAACGGUAUUCUCCGACCACCAGGAAUGGCUCCGUUACCAGGUCAAGGUGGCGCACCACCUCCCAAUUAUAAUGGAUCUCUUCCUCCUCCUCCUCCUUAUCAUACAAAUCCAGCUGCUGCUCCACCAAGUGGUAGCUUCAACAAUCCAAAUCCAAACCCGGGUGCUGAAUCUCCUGAAAGCAAUGAGUAGGGUCUAGUUCUGAUGAGUCAUUUUUCUCCUCCCAAAAAUUCUCAGAACUCUUGUUUAACACAGUGUCUUACCUUUUCUAAUCCAAUUUAUGUGAAGAGGUUUAGAAUUA